GCCCAGUUUCGGCCACCAAUCACCCACCGAGCGCGAGGGAUGUAGGCGCGCAUCGUCGAAAUCUCAUUGGGAUUCUCAAUCACUCUGUCUUGAGAAGAUUCCAGGAGUUGACGGACGUUGAAUAA